ACUAAUAUUCUGCCCAAAUCUCCCUAUUGCAGGUUCCUUCUUUUGUCAACAAACAAUUCACUCUCCCUUGGACCUGCUAUCUGCGUCCUGCAGAAACAUUACACUUACGCUAUGGGAAGCGGCACCUCAACCCAACAUCAUUUUGCUUUCCAGAAUGCAGAGAAAGCCUUCAAGGCAGCGGUCCUGAUCCAGAGAUGGUACCGGCGCUACAUGGCCCGCCUGGAGAUGAGGCGGCACUGCACCUGGAGCAUCUUCCAGUCUAUAGAGUAUGCUGGGCAGCAAGACCAGGUCAAGCUCCACAAUUUCUUCAGCUACCUUGUGGAUCACUUCACCCCCAACAAUCACAACGAGAGGGACUUCCUGAACCGCAUGUUCACUGAAGAGAGAUGCCCCCAGGACUCCGAGAUGGAGAAUUGCAGGGACUAUGAAUCCAUCGAGGUACCAGACAGUUACACGGGGCCACGCCUCUCCUUCCCGCUCCUUCCCGACCAUGCAACUGCUCUGGUGGAAGCUUUCCGAGUGAAACAAAGGCUCCACGCUCGCUAUGUCUUGAAUCUUUUGUAUGAAGCCAGGAAACAUCUGGUACAACUACCAAACAUCAACCGGGUCUCCACCUGUUACAGCGAGGAAAUCACAGUAUGUGGAGAUUUACACGGCCAGUUGGAUGACUUAAUCUUUAUAUUUUAUAAGAACGGCCUCCCGUCACCAGAGCGGGCCUAUGUGUUCAACGGCGACUUUGUGGAUCGAGGGAAGGAUUCAGUAGAGAUCCUGAUGGUUCUUUUUGCCUUCAUGUUGGUUUACCCAAAAGAGUUCCAUCUCAACCGAGGAAACCAUGAGGACCAUAUGGUGAACUUACGAUAUGGUUUCACAAAGGAAGUGAUGCAUAAAUAUAAGACACAUGGCAAGAAAAUACUAAAACUACUGCAAGAUGUGUUCUGCUGGCUUCCGCUGGCCACGCUGGUUGAUGAGAAAGUCCUGAUUCUUCAUGGUGGAGUGUCAGACGUGACUGACUUGGAGUUCUUGGCUAAACUAGACAGGCACAAGAUUGUUUCCACCAUGAGGUGCAAAACGAGAAAGGAGCAUAAGAAACAGGCGGAGGAGAAGGGAAAAGCCAACCAGACGAGCUCUGCCCGGACACCCUCCCCGUGGUUUCUCCCCCAAAGCCACUCUCUCCCCACCUCGCCCCUCCGCCCCAGCACCCAGAAGGCCCACAGAGCCGGGCGCUCCUCCAGUGUCCCCUGCGGGGUCCCCCUGGACCCCAAGGAGCUCUCCCAUUGGGUGCGGCACCCCGUGGACCUGGAGCUGGAGAGGUGUCGGCAGCAAGCGGGCUUCCCAGAGAUCAAGGAGAAGGAGGAACCCUUGCCCUCGGCAUCCGAAGCGGACCCGGAAGCUGAGGGGCGGCGGGAGCCCACUCAGGAGGAGUGGAGGCAGGUGGUGGAUAUACUGUGGAGUGACCCCAUGGCUCAGGAGGGCUGCAAGGCCAACACCAUUCGAGGAGGUGGCUGUUAUUUUGGGCCUAACGUGACAGAACGGUUGCUACAGAAAUACAAUCUGCAAUUCCUGAUCCGCUCGCACGAGUGCAAACCCGAGGGCUAUGAGUUCUGCCACAGCCGCAAGGUGUUAACCAUCUUUUCUGCCUCCAACUACUACGAAGUUGGCAGUAACAGAGGAGCCUAUGUCAAACUAGGGCCGGCCUUGACCCCGCACAUUGUGCAGUUUCAAGCUAACAAGGCAACCCACACGCUUACCAUGAGGCAAAGGCAAGACUUUUCAAUGAAUGAUUUUCAGAAAGACAGAAUUACAGUGUUUGUGGAAACUUUGAAGUGCAAAUGUCAUUACAUUUAUCCAAAUUCUAAGUCAGAGUUCAAAAUUUAGCUGUGUCAGCAGUAGGACCUGGAAUAGACAUUACAACAGGGCCUCUUCUUUCUCCUCCAUAUACUCUAAAAUCUCCACCUACCCAUCAUUAAUGGAAGGGACAAAUUUGCUUCCUGCAGAAAUUAUUCUCCGUGGGUAUGUCUUGGGUGAAAUCUAUAUACCAGGCCACUAAAUCUUUCCAGGGUCACUCUUCCUUUUUCUUUCAUCCUUAAAGCGUUUAUGUUACCUGGUCAACCACAGACAAAGGUUCUUUCACUAUCUAGGGAUUUAGCAGAUGGAUUUCAGUGCACACAUUUGUUAACAAUGCUCCUUUCUUCCUGGGAAGAGAGCAUAUAAUAUUACUUAAAUGCUUUCUGUUGAGAUGAUUCUGAGUUCUAAUCUUAGUUGAGAGCUUACUAUACACUAAGUGUUAUUGUAAAGAAUUUAUAUAUUGUUUCACAAUGAGCUUAUAAAAUACACAGCAUUACUAAUUUCAGUUUUAUAGAUGAGAUCAUUAAGGAACAGAGGUUAAAUCAGUGGCCGUUGGCCACACAGCUAGUAAGUGGUGAAAGUAAGCCUUGACCCAGACAGUCUUAUUUCAGAACCCACAUACUUAACAACUCUACAGUGCUGUUGCCCACUGAGAAGCUGGCCCCAGAGUAUAUAAGCUGCUGAAAGAUACAGUUGCAGUGCUGCUGAACAAGCUUCUUUAAUUAUCAGCCAAACUAAAUUAGAAAUCAAAACAAAGUCAGCAUAGGGACUUCCCCGGCAGCACAGUGGUUAAGAAUCUGCCUACCAAUGCAGGGGACAUGGGUUCAAUCCCUGGUCUGGGAAGAUCCCACAUGCCGCGGCGCAACUAAGCCUGUGCGCCGCAACUACUGAGCCCACGCACCACAACUGCUGAAGCCUGCGCGCCUAGAGCCCGUGCUCCGCAACAAGAGAAGCCACCGCAA